AUGUUGCUGGUGGUCCACUCCCCGCCCAGCCAAGGACUGAAGUACGGAAUUCGUGCAGUUGGUUUGAAAAGUAUAGAAACUGUCUUGGAAUCUGGGUUCUUCUCUAGAAUUAGCAGUUGGAGAAAUUCAACAGUUGGUGGACACCCAUGGCAGGUCUCCCUGAAAUUAGGUGGACACCACUUCUGUGGAGGAAGUUUGAUUCAAGAUGAUCUGGUUGUUACAGCAGUACAUUGCCUGAUUAGCCUCAAUGAGAAGCAAAUUAAGAGUCUGACAGUGACUGCUGGGGAGUACAACCUCUUUCAGAAGGAUAAGGAGGAACAGAAUAGUCCUGUCUCAAAAAUUAUUAUCCAUCCUGAAUACAACAGACUUGGAUAUAUGAGUUUUAAUAUUGCACUGCUAUAUCUAAAACUCAAAGUCAAGUUUGGAACUACUGUUCAGCCAAUCUGUAUUCCCCAUAGAGGUGAUAAAUUUGAAGAAGGGAUUCUUUGCAUGGCCAGUGGAUGGGGCAAGAUUUCAGAGACAUCAGAAUAUUCAAAUAUCCUACAAGAAGCCGUAGUUCCCAUUAUGGAUGACAGAACAUGUGGUGCCAUGCUCAGGGGCAUGAGCCUUCCUCCCCUGGGAAGGGACAUGUUGUGUGCCAGUUUUCCUCAUGGGGAAAAGGAUGCCUGCCAGAGGGACUCUGGAGGCCCACUUGUUUGUAGAAGAGAUGAUGGAGCCUGGGUUCUUGCUGGGAUAACUUCCUGGGCAGCUGGUUGUACUAGAGUUUGGAAUCCUUUCAGAAAUAAGCAGAGAAAGGCAACACCUGGCAUUUUCUCCAAGGUAUUUGUGUUGAUGGAUUUUAUCACACAGACCAUGACAGACUCUUUAAACAAAAUUGGAUCAACAUCAUUUCCCAAAACCAAUCCUAUAUCUUCUGCAAAAGUUAUUCCAUAUGGUGUCUGCGGCAUCCCUCCCUUUAGUCCCCAGUGGCUUUCUAGAAGAAUUGCAGGAGGAGUAGAAGCCUGCCCCCACUGUUGGCCAUGGCAGGUGGGUUUGAGGUUUCUCGGCAAUCACCAUUGUGGAGGUGCCAUCAUCAGCUCGAUUUGGAUUCUGACUGCAGCGCAUUGUGUGCAAUCGAAAAAUAAUCCACUCUUCUGGACCAUUGUUGCUGGAGACCAUGAUAGAACCUUGAAGGAAUCAACCGAGCAGGUGAGAAGGGCAAAGCACAUCGUGAUGCAUGAGGACUUCGACACACUGAGCUAUGACUCUGACAUCGCCCUGAUACAACUGAGCUCUGCCCUAGAAUUCAACUCAGUGGUGAGGCCAGUAUGUCUUCCACACAGCUUGGAGCCUCUGUUUUCUUCUGAGAUUUGUGUUGUGACUGGCUGGGGAAGUGUUAGUAAAGAUGGUGGUCUAGCAAGUCGCUUACAGCAGAUUCAAGUGCCUGUGUUAGAAAGAGAGGUCUGCGAACGCACUUACUAUUCAGCCCAUCCAGGAGGAAUCUCAGAGAAGAUGAUCUGUGCUGGCUUUGCAGCAUCUGGAGGGAAAGAUGUGGGCCAGGGAGAUUCUGGUGGACCAUUAGUGUGUAAACAUGAAAAAGGUCCCUUUGUCCUCUAUGGCAUUGUCAGCUGGGGAGCUGGCUGUGCCCAACCAAGGAAGCCUGGUGUAUUUGCCAGAGUGAGUGUCUUCCUGGACUGGAUUCAAUCCAAAAUCAAAGGUCCUGUUUUACUCCAGAUAAAAAAUGAAAGCAAAAUCUUAACAAGACAACAAUUACCACCACCCACACCCUCAAGAGACAGUGCAUCUGGGCCAGGCUGUUACCCUGAAGUGGAGUUAGAAGAGCCCAGAGGCUUUUUUUCAUCUCCAAGAUAUCCACUGGAUUAUAGAGAAAAACUGGAAUGUUCUUGGGUGCUCCGAGUUUCACCAAGGAGUAUGGCAAAAUUUACAGUUGAGUAUCUGUUACUGCCUGGGUCUCGUAUGUGUCAAGACUCAGCUCUGAUUAUUUAUGAAGAAAACCGCAGUGAGAGAAGAAUGUCAGGUAAAUUAUGUGGAAGAAGGCUUUAUCCAGUGGUUUUCAUGAGCUCGGGACCGCUGGUGAGGGUGACAUUUCAUUCCAGUGUGCAAGGUGCUUUUGGCAUAAAUUAUAUUGUCUUUAGAGUCCAAGGUCCAAAAGGCAGUAAAAGCACCCAGUCUCUUCAGAGUUCAAACCAAGAGCAUGUGGCCACUUGUGAGGAUGUUAUUCUGACCAAACCAGCAGGGAUCAUACAAUUCCCGAGAUACUUUCACAGAACCAUUAAGAGCUGCCACUGGAGAUUACUAGCCCCUAUAAAUCAUAUCAUUCGCCUUGAUAUUAUCAACUUCCAGAAGCAACCAAUGCCCUUGGCCUGUCAGGGUCACCUGUGGGUUUAUGAAGGAUUUGGAUCAGGCAAAAAAUUAAUAGGAAAUCUAUGUGAAGGAGAUUCACCUUCAUUAAAGUCUCAUGGUCCUCUUAUGAUGUUGAUUUUCACAUACAAUACAAGUUUGGCCACGGAAGAAUUUUCUUUGAGAUAUUCUUUUCAUAUGUCUGCUUUAGAAGAGAAGAAAAAGAUAGUAUUUAAGGUUGUAACUUCCAUAAUCUGUGGAGGCAUCAAAGUAAACAUUCAUAAAGCAUAA